GGAGGGAGUCAGCCGCCGCCGAGGCCGGGCCGCUGGCGGUCCCCUGCCUGCCGCUGUCCGCUGCCGGCUUAGCCCCGAUCUCGUCCGCCAGGCGGAGCUCCGCGGGGAGCCCCAGUUCGACAACAUGUUGGGCGUCUCAUUCCGGGACCCUUCCCUGCUGCUGGCCCUCGCGGUCAUUGGGGUCACAGUGCUCCUGUUUGCCCUGAAGAACAUGAACUCCAGGAGGAGAGAUCUUAUCACCUUACAGGACCCUGAUGCCAAGUACCCCUUGCCCUUGAUUGAGAAAGAGCAAAUCAACCACAACACCCGGAGGUUCCGCUUUGGAUUGCCCUCUCCAGAGCACAUCUUAGGGCUCCCUGUAGGUAACUAUGUCCAUCUCUUGGCCAGAAUUGAUGAUGAUUUAGUGAUCAGGGCAUACACACCUGUCUCGAGUGAUGAUGACCAAGGAUUUGUGGACUUAAUUAUAAAGAUCUACUUCAAAAAUGUACACCCUUCUUAUCCUGAAGGGGGGAAGAUGACUCAGUACUUGGAGAACAUGAAAAUUGGGGACACUAUCCUUUUUCGAGGACCAACUGGGCGUCUCUUUUACCAAGGGCCAGGGGACCUUGCAAUCAGAGCAUACAAAACGAGCAAGCCUGAGAAAAAAAUGGUCUGUAACCUGGGAAUGAUUGCUGGGGGCACAGGCAUUACGCCCAUGCUGCAGCUCAUUCGCCACAUCACCAAGAACCCCAGUGACAAGACCAGGAUGUCCCUCAUCUUUGCCAACCAGACAGAGGAGGAUAUCUUGAUGAGAAAGGAGCUUGAAGAAAUUGCCAGGACUCACCUAGACCAGUUCAAACUGUGGUACACCCUGGACAGGCCUCCCCUUGGCUGGAAGUACAGCUCAGGCUUUGUGACUGCUGACAUGAUCAAGGAGCAUCUCCCACCUCCUGGGAAAACCACACUCAUCCUGGUGUGUGGCCCACCACCCCUGAUCCAGAAAGCAGCUCACCCCAACCUGGAGAAACUGGGUUAUACCAAGGACAUGAUUUUCACCUACUAAUAUUUCCUGUAUUCCUAGAAAUUUUCCUGGGUCCCUUUCCUCUGUUUCAGAGUGAAUUCAGCUUCUCCAUGUUAAACUGGGAUGUUUUCAAAGGUGCCUCUCUAUGCACACUUGGGCCCACACACUGGCACUCCCCUUUUGAGUGUGGGCCUAAGAAGAAGUGUUCAAGAGGCUGGAGACAAAGUGACUUUUGAGGCCUGUCUUGAAGGCUGGAAAGAGCUCUGUUAUAGUAUCUUUCUCCAUAGUUUAGUAAAAUAAACUUAAGUACUCAGCAGAUAGCACAUGAAGUGUGGCUCUGUGAGGGACCCACUGGGCCUUGUCUGCCCUGCUUAAGAGUUCGCUUCUGUGUGUCCCCAGCAGGGUCAGAAUUGCAAUAGUGCCAGAGCAGAAUUCCAGCAGAAUCCAGGUAGGAUCACAGCAAUUCCCACUAAUCUCUCUUGAACUUCUCUUCGGAGUGUUCUGCUUUUAAGGUCAGGCCUACAAGAGGUUUCAGGCACCCUCCAUAACGCACUCUUCUCUCCUGUGACGCCUUGAAGUGGGAAUGGGAUUAAAGGCACACACAUCAAGGAAAUAAAUCCCCAGGGUAGGUGGGCUCUGGGAACUCCUUCCAGACUCCCUGCUUUGGGCAAACAGA